AUGGGGCGGCCACAGGCGAGAAAAAGACAUCAUAAAAGUUGCGGGCCUACGAAAAGAAGACAACGUAUUAAAAAAUGUACUAAAGAUUUAGAUCAAAUUCAUUUCGAUUUAAAACCUGUGUAUUCCAACUUGUUAAAUCCAACUGAGAAAAAUGAAGACCUUCCAGGAGAUGGUCAACACUAUUGUUUAUACUGCGCACGAUAUUUUGACUCAGAUGAUGUUUUGAAAAUCCACUUGAAAACAAAAGCUCACAAAAAAAGGUUGAAAUCUUUAAGAGUUGAACCAUACAGUCAGAAGGAAGCUGAAAGAGCUGCUGGGAUGGGUUCCUUUUUAGGCAUAAAAAAUGCAGAGAUUUUCACUGAACCAACAAAACUGGAUACAAAUACUACAAAAAAAAGUGAAGAGCCUAUAGAUGAUGUAUAA